AUGGAAGACGAUAAUCCAAACAACAGAGACAACGUGAAUGACCCAAACGAUCAGGGUAUGGCACAUCUUGUGCUAGAAGCAGCACAAUAUGACUGGGCACAACCCACCGCUGACAAUUUAGCAACUGCAAUUAACAAGGGACUAUUUUCUGGGUCAUACGUUGAAGAUCCUCAGCGGCAUCUAAAGAAUUUCCUGUCAAUCUGUGCCAUGCAGAGGCAACACAACAUGACACCGGAAGCAAUACGUUUGUUGUUGUUUCCAUUCUCGAAACCAACUGAGACGCUACACGAAACAUGGGAGAGAUUCAAGGGUCUGCUGGUUACGUGUCCACAUCAUGGUAUUCCAGAGCAGAUGUUGGGGCAGAGAUUUUACAUGGGUUUAGCACAUACGUUGAAAGCCAAUGUUGAUGUUUCAGUAGGUGGAGCAUUUUUUACCAAGACAUUCAGAGAGAGCAAGAUCCUACUCAACAAGAUGGCACAAAACUCAAGAUGGACAACAAGAAACGCUCCAAUCACUCCUGUGGUGCACUCAGUGGCUCUAGGCCCGGCUAACUCCAUGGGGCAAAUGGUACCUUACCAAAGGCAACAAGGGUACAACCAACAAAAUCAGCCGCAGGCUUAUCAACAACCUCCACAACAACAAAUUGUGAGACAUAAAGAUGGGUUUGCUAAACUUGAGGGAAUGAUGCAACAAGUGAUUGGGUCCACUGGAAAACUAGCCGACAGAGUAGAUUCACAUGAGUUAGUGAUAAAGAAUAUGGAGAUCCAAUUAGGACAGAUUUCCAUGGCCCUUAAUAAUCGUCCUCAUGGGACAUUACCUACAGACACCCAAAUUAAUCCAAAAGAUCAGGGCCCGAAACAGCUGAUGGUAGUGAGUCUCCGUAAUGGUAGAGACUUAGAUCUGGAGCAAGAAAUUGCUCGCGAAAGCAGACCGACUGAGACACUGGUGCCAGUACCUGUUGAGCUAGACAAUUCAGCAAGGUUAACUGAGGUGACGGUACAUCAGGCACACGAGAACACCAACAAAGCAGAGGAAGUUGUGAAAGAGACGGAGAUAGAUGCGGUGGAUGUAGUUUUGGAGGAGGACGAUGAGGCACUGAACAUUAAAGACCCUCUAGCAGCUUGUCUCAUGAACUUAGAUAAAGCUAACGGAGAAGAGUUGGCUAAGUGGGUACUUGCUCUUGAAGUCCAAGGACCAGACUCAACUUUACCUGUUAUUAUCUCAGCUAGUUUGUUAGUUGUGCAGGCACAACAAUUUUUGCAGGAAGUUGAACUUGGCUACCAUGAAGGACCAUUUCCUACUGCCAUUCAUCGAUCAGAUGCUAGAUAG